AUGAAGCCUCCUUUCUCAGUCCCGGAGGAGACCUGUCGCGCUGUACUCCUGGAGGGGGACCAGAACAUCUGCCUGUUCCAGCCAGGGAAACUGGAGGAUCAGGAGGCAGAGCGGGAGCUGCUAGCAGGAGUCCAGCCCAUACUGGGCUCUGUGGGCCGAGGGUACAGUGUGUCCCUGCUGCUUCGGGGUCGGGAAAGAGAGGCACCCUGGCUUGUGCCUCAGCUGCUGCAGAUGCUGUUUGAGGAAGCCCUGCCCCUCAGGAACUCUGAUCCUGUGCUCAGUACCCUUAGCCUGGUGCAGCUCACCCACAGUGGGAAGACUCAGGACCUGCUUUCCCCGGGAGCAGAGAACCUGUCGGUGCUGAAUAUAGCUCCUCUGGGCUUGGUGGUGGAAGGAGCCAGCGAAGUGGAGGUGCCAGACUCAAGAGCCGCCUCAGACCUGUACUUGCAAGCUGCAGCGGGUGUGGGCAGAGACUGCCCCCUGCUGCAGGUGUUGUCGGGUGAGGUUGCUGGCGAGGAGGUAGAGGGCUCUCUGCCCUGGAUUGUCUCACAGCUCCUAGAAGGAAACAGCUACAGUGGCCUGCUUCUUCGCCUGGACCUUCAAGGCAGCUCCCUGAGCUUGCUCCAGGCUGCUCUGUGUGGGGCAGCACAGAGGAGGAUGCAGGUGAAACAGGUGAGGCCUACCCUGUGGAAUGCAGUAGAAGAGGCCCGGGGCCGGCGCAAUGGCCUGAAGAGCCUUCGUGCAGGCCUCCUGGGGGACAGCCUGACAGAUGAUGGACUCAGGAAGCUGGGCAGGGCACUUCGAGAACUAAAGGUGGUAAAAGCCUGGAGCCGGCGCCUAGGAAGCUGGACACUCAAAGAGGUCAAAGCUGAGGCUGUGGGUAUCCCAGAGCCACAGCAGGUGAUUGAUAGGGCAGCAAGUCACAGCCCAGGCCUCCAAGGGGAACCCCAAGGGAGAACAGCAUCUCUAGGGCCUGAGCACUACCAAAAGCAACCUCUCAGGGACUCUGGAGAACAGGCUGCAGAUGUCGCCCUGCAGUUCUUUCUGGGCCAGGCCCGGAGGCAGAGACUGCGAGAACAGCACCAUAUUUGGAUCCAAGAGCAACUGCAACACUUGGAAGAGGAAGAGGUGGCAGAUGACCAGGGCAAAGGUCUGCUGGCUGGAGAGGAGGCCUCAGAGGAGAGGCAGAGCCGGCACUGGGAGCAGACAGUGCACAGACUCCAGCUGGAGGCCCUUCAGGUGGAGCGGGAUGCUGCGGAGCAGGACCUGGUGGCCCUGUAUGAGCUGCACGUGCAGGCUGCCCGAGCACAGUCACACCACGUGCUGCAGGUGUUCCGGGCCUGGCGACGGCUUUGGGAGGAGCAGGCCAUGACCAGAGAGCAUCACCACCGUGGCCUGCUGGCUGGCGUUCUGCAAGAGACCAUCAACCUAGCCACGCAGAACCAGGAGCUCCAAGCCCAGAACCAGCAGCUUGGAAGGCUGCAGACUAGGCUGGGGGCAGAGAUGCCAGAUCCCCGUUCAGGGGGUCAGGAAUCUUUCAGGGACAGUGUUUUCUCAUCUCAUCCUUAAGGAUCCUAGAAGGAAGAACAAGCUGAAGCACAAUGGCCAAGCUCUAGCUCACUAUGGAUAAUUGUUACCACCACUAACCAGAGCUCCUUGUGCCAGUCCUUGUUGGAGGCUUAAUAUCCAUUAUUUCACGUAGUCCCUAGCCGUUUGUACUAACCUGUACG